AUGCCCGCCUCAUCUUCUCACGCGGAGGAGCUCCAGAUGCUCCCGGGGAACAUGGAAUGCGCAGACUGCGGUGCCCAUUGCCCCGACUGGGCCUCGGUAAAUCACGGCGUGCUGAUCUGCAUCGACUGCGCCGGCACACAUCGCUCCCUUGGGGCCCACAUCUCCAAGGUCAAGUCCACACAGUUGGACAGCUGGCGUGGCGAGGAGCUCCAGAGUUUCGCGUCCAAGGGUGGCAAUCUUCAGGCCAAUGCCCUCCUAACACAGGCGGGUGCGCCUCCACCGCCUCCCCGAGGUGCUUCCCGCGGGACCCUGGAGCGGUACAUCCGCGCCAAGUAUGCGCCCAAUUCGCCACCGCACGGGGACAGCCCGCAACCUGCCGCGGACCCGGUGGAGGCGAUGAUCCGGAGGAUGCAAGCCGCCCGGAAGGCCCGGCGCACCACGGAGCGUGCAGCCCUUCGCCUCCAGGCGCCUGCGUGGCCAUUACGGUCAUUCCCGUUCUCGUCUGAAAGCGUGUGA